CUCUGCAGACUGUUCCUGAAAGUGCAGCUUAGAGACAGUGAAAUUGAAUGGCUGUUUGUUUGCUUAGUGAUCAGACAGCAGCUCUAAUUCUGAAAUCAUCCAGUUAUUCAUUUAUAAUCUCUAAUGUUCUCACUGGGGAGGAGUUAACAGGACCAAGCCCCAGUGCAGCAAGAAGAAAGAGCAUUCCACCAUAGAGACUACAGUAAGAAGAGGACCUCCGAGGGCGGACAUUGGGGACUACAGGAAAGGAUCAUUUAGCAGACUGCUAUCUGAAAAUGCGAAUUAGUUCAGCUCUGUGUUGGUCAGUCCUGCUGUUAGUGGCACUUCUCACUCAAAAUGUUACAACCAAAGGCGGUCGAGGAGGAGCAAGAGGAGGAGCCAGAGGAUCGUCGCGUGGAACUACUCGCGUUCGUGCAAAGAGCUCAUCACGCUAUGGUUCAUUUAGGGUGGCUACGGGAGCAGCAGCUGCAGGAGCAGUGGCGGGAGCAGCAGCUGGAAUGGCUGGGAGGAGAAGGUGGAGAUAUAACGACAGUUCAGAAGACAGGAUGCAGGGGGGUAACCGCACAGAUGAAGGCAGCUACAGCUACAGGGCAUGGACCUCUGGUGCUAAAACCCUCUCUGCAAGCCUUGCCAUCACUUUGACCCCUCUUUUUACAACCAGUGUUAAGUUUUAUUAUUUCUAACAGCUAUCUAUAUAACACUGGGGUGUAAGCCACAAUUCUGAGGAAGUGUUUUCUUUAAACAAGCAGUACUCCAAUUGUUUUGCCAGAAAGUCUAUUCUGGAAUAUAGAACAUCUCUAGUUGCUAACCCUAGUUGCUAAGAGAAAAAAAUUAUCAUCAGACAAAGAUUAUAUGGUUCAUCUAUGUCAGAAAAAACACUAACUGCAUAAACUUGACCUGAAAAUCUAUUCACAAUAAAGGCCACACAUAUAACAUAGAGGAGGAUUGGUCUUCUAGCCUCACAUCUGAGUGCUGCUUUGGUUAUGCUGGAGUACAUCGGAAAAAGAAAAUCUACACUAUGUGGCUUCCUUAUUACCUGUUUGAUUGUGUUAUUCUAAUCAACAAUAAUGAUCUCUUAUAUCCAUGGAAACUCUGUUCAUGUAAGGCGUAUUCUGAAACCUUUUCCUUCUGACGUCUAGCUGUGUUGACCAAUAUUUCUCACUGCCAACCUUUUUUAUUAAUGCUAAAUGGAAUAUUCACCCCCACUUUUUCAAGUGUAGGUGUACAAUAUUUAAUAUUUUUGACUAUUUUGUGGCAAGGAAUAAUUUACAUUAAAACAAAAUGUUCUGGUUAUGCAAA